UUGUCGCGAUGUGAAGGCUUAAGUGCAAUGAAUCCUAUGGGCCAUGCUGACGGAGUCAGCUCUGCCCAAGCUGGCUGGCUCCAAGGGGUCACCCUUGUCAGACGGGCCAUAGGACGAGCACGAAACUAAGAACUACCCCUCCCAACUGACAGAUGUCUGUUUCCCAUAUUGGGCGGUCUGUCAGUACCCGCUCUAUCGAUUGUUUUUCCUAUCACUGAGAUAGGGCAAUCGAUAGAGCAGUCCGAUUGAAUCCUUAAAGGAUUCAUGCACUUAAAUGUGCAGUCCGAAACCCAUCAAGCGUCUGUUCCAUAUUGGGCGGCUUGAUGGUCUGUUUGAUCCCAGAGGGACGGCAGUUUUUGUGUCCUGGCAGUAGGUGAAAAAUGCAAAUCUCCCCCCCCCCCCAAAUGAUGUCUGAAGAAGAAAAAUGCCCCUCGUAUCCGGUUCGGGGCUUGACAAUACCCGGAGACCCUAUUCCCACAGCGGCGACACCGGGCUGUGGUGAAUCGAAUGUUACUGGCAUCCGAGUUAGACAGGUGGUAGCACCGGGCCUGUCUAAUUCGCAAGUUACUGGAGCAACAACAACAACAACAAUAAAACCCGCAAGCAGCCGGCCCAAGCUGGCUGCUUGUAAACCAAUCCCUCCCACCAAACCUUCAGUUGUGGGAAAGGUCCCAAGCGGUGAGGUACCUCUGCCCGUUGUGGCAAGUACCUCUGCAGCCGCGAGAGCAGCCCUAGCUGAUCAAAAGUCAGCCUCUUCCCUGCCUUCGGGUGACAAAAAUGUCUCCCAUGUGCCACCUUGUGCAAGAGAGGAAUCGUCGACCCCGAUGUCGGGUUCCUCAUCCGCACCUCCCCCCACGCUGGAAAAGUCGUCGAACUCGAUGUCGGGCUCUUCCAGCGUACCAGCAGAUUCCCAACGGCACAAAACCCCUUCCCGUAGGGCUUUUGCACAUCGGCGCGCCGCCGAGCGCAUUGUUGAGCGACAUGGCGCCAAGCCCAACAAUGUAUUGUCCAAGGACGAGAAAUCGUCUCUUGAAUGGGCCAAAAGUAUCCUGGCUAGACAACAGGACUCAAAUCCUCCAGCCAAAGCAGAAGUGACGAAGUCUGCUGCUGAGGCGCCUAAACGGCAAAGAUCAGAGGAAGAGUCCCCUUCGUUGUCAACCAUCCAGCCGACGACUAAACGUCCAAAGAAGGCGCAAACUGUCGUCGUUAAUAGGCCUUUCAGUGAGGUUGCCAAAAAUCCACUGGUAAGGGCUAUUAUCGACAGGAGCAAUAGUGACGGGGCCAUCUCUCAAGAUAAAUGGGGGAUCAUCCGUCAACGAAUGCUAGGGGUGUACUGGAAAAUCCUUAAGGAAAAUCCAGGACCCGCCCCCCAAAAUGAUGACGCUGGCUGGUUCCAGGGUCAUAUAAAACUGCUGGCUUGUUCGAAUGAGCGCUCUGCGUUACUUCUCAAGCUAGCGAUUGAGUCCCUUGGGGAAGUGUGGCCAGGUGCUAUGUUGGACGUGGUCCCGGUAUGUGAAAUUCCUCGCAGACUCCUCUCCGUACCUACCGCAGUGACGACAAACGCAACGCCGCUGCCUCGAAGGUUAAGCUAGAGGUUCCGCCCAAGAAGGACGAUGAUAACAUCGACGAUCCCGCUGUUUCAGAAGGCGGGGAGAACUCUCAAUCGACCACAGGUCAAUUGGGAGAACUCCUCGGCGAUCUGAAAGUGGCGGAGGACGACGACACCCUUUCGGAUACUGAUCCGGAAGAUGUCGACGUAACCGUCGUCUACGAUCCUGACUUAGGAGAUGGUGAAGGUAUUGCAGAUUAACCUUCACCACUCCAAAGCAGCAUCUGCUGCCCUCCUCCUCCGUUUAGCUGAAAGAGGGGAGGAGCUAAUCCUGGUCCAGGAACCGUGGACCCACCAUGGUAAAGUUCGUGGACUCUCGCUUAGAGGCUAUAAGCUUCUUCAUGCUAACUGUUCAGCGACGAAGAUACUGUUGCGGCUGCUUGGGAGUCUGGUAACUCAAACAUCUGGCUUCUAAGUAGCUAUAUGGCACACGACCAUGGCGACCAGCCACCAAAUCGCCUGGUGAGGGAAAUUGUGUGUGAGGCAGAUAGGCGACACAUUCCGCUUCUCAUGGGUGCAGAUGCAAAUGCGCACCACACGGUCUGGGGAAGCUCAGACAUUAACUCAAGAGCAAGAUAUCGACCGAGAACCGCCGGCUAGAAGUCCCCCGCAAACCCGUUGAGACAGUAAAACUUUCCCUGAUGAGAUCCUUCGGGACUACCGCAUAUGCAAAAAGGAGCAUGCCUUGAGGAAGUGUCCGAAAUUUAGGAAGAUGUGGGUGGGGGAGCGGUGGAAAACGGUGAAGAAGUACCGUUAUUAUUUUAACUGCCUGGCUCACUCCCACAUGAAAGACAAAUGCAUCAGCAGAGAGCGGUGCAUCGAGUGCAUGUCAGAACAUCAUACCCUCCUUCACCGGCAUAAAAGGUCGAAAAAAGGGGCCAAACUCGCGGCCCAUCAACAACCAACCCAAG